UCUGAGCGUGUGCCACGUUGUCAAGCCGAGAGCACGUUGUCAAGUGAACCCCUCAUCAAUUUCCCUUUUUUUGAGGAAGAAACAGAAGAGGACAUCUCACCUGAGCCAUGUCUGGAUUGAACGCUUCCCUGGGAUACUUCGUGGCCAUUGUGAUUUUUGCAGCCUCACUUCGGACGCUCUUUAAAAAGUGGCCGCGGUUCAGCUUUGUGUCGGAGUUUGCCUCCUCUUUUAUGCUGGUGGCAUGCUGGCUGGAGGUGCAGACCAUUGUGGAGGUGGGUCAGUGGGCCGGGGGCUUGGGCUCUGAUGUGACGGUAACCAUGCUCUUCGUGGUGCUGCUCACCCAAGGUGUGAUCUGUGGUGGCGCGUCGGGGAAUCCCACGUUGGUGCUGCAGAAGUUUCUACAGCUGGAAGCCCGCGCCUUGCCCACGCUGCUUGCCGUUGCAGCCCAGUUCGCCGGGGCUCGCCUGGCCCUUCUUGCAGCUGUGUACUACUGGAGGCUGGAGCUGACAGACAUGCACAUGAUCAAAAACCUGAUGGCGAGAGAGUGCAGCACAUCUCUGUUGGUCUCUGUGCUUCAGGGCUUUUUUACAGAGUGUGUCUGUGCGCUCAUCUUUCACCUCGUCCACUUAAGUCUGCGACGCAGGUCUGCUCUGAUCCGGGUGCCCCUGAUCGCUGUCCUACUCACAUUCCUGUCCCAUUCAGCCAGAGGCUACACCUCAGCUUACAUAAAUCCAUCUUUGGCCUACGGACUCACCUUCUACUGUUCUGGAUUCACCUUCAUACAGUAUGCAGUGGUUUACUGGCUGAGCUCUCUCACAGGAAUGACUUUGGCCCUGCUCCUGUACAUGGGCCAUAUCCCGAGGAUUUUUGCCAGGAACCUACUAUACAGCCAGAAGACACGCUUCAGAGUGCCAAAAGGAGACAAAGCAGAAAAGAAGAAACUGUGAAAUGUUCUCUUUAUUCCCCCACGAAAAAAAAGAUUGUCAAUUUGACAAACAGUGGUCAAGAGAAGUUUCCUUUGAUUUAAGAAGCUUGAGUGAAAAACAUGAUAAAAAAAAAAACAUCACUGAGAUAUAUUUUAUAGUUCUUGUCCCGUUUCCAAUAACGACAGAAGUGUUUACUUUGGAACCAAAAUUACAUGUGCAUGAUAUCAUACAAUGACCAUCUGGUGGUAGCAUCAGGAAUGACAUGUUUACCAACUGCAAAAGGCCAACGACUGACCAAAUUAAUGAAAAAUAUGUCGUCAGUCUGUGAGUAUGCAAAUAACAAUAAAGCUAAAUAUAUAAAUAA